AUGUCAUCCUAUAAUAAUGAUCAAAAUAUGACUGGGGAUGAGAACUAUGGACAACCUCCUAGCAGAGAGAGAAGAUCCUUUUCAUCAGCUAUGACAUCAUCAUCGUCUGCAACUUUAACAUCUGGACUACUUCCAGAAAAUAGUACAGAACCAUUCUCAGGCGUACCUUUUGAAGCAAUUCCAAGUUCUAUUGUAUCAUUCCAUCACCCUCACUCCCUACAAUCGAGUAACUUCCUUGGUACAUCAAUUGCAUCCCACAAUAUUGAACCUCAAGUAAGUGGAUUAUCAGAUAGUGUUCCAUUGAUGGAACGGUCUCGGGGAGGUUCUAUCAGUUCACAACGUAAUCCACAUUUUAACUUUUUCACACAAGAACAAAUUAAUAAUGCUGAAGGGGCAUCAACCUUAGAACAUACUGAUUUUAAUACAGAAUGGGAUCCGAUGCCAGCUAAUGAACAACAGCGUUUAUUUGGGUCAGAAAAUGCUUCCAGAAGGUCAUCAAUAUAUAGUGCGUCACCUAGAUCGUCGCUCUCCAAUAAUAGUCAGUAUGGGACCCCUAGUUAUAAGGGACAUCCAUUGACAAGAACUGGACGAGCUCAUAAACAACGUCAAGCUUCGAUAGAUCCGAUGUCACAAGUAUCAACACAUUCGUCUUCGAGUUCAUCUAGAUAUACUAUAAGGGAUAGGAUUCCAACAGAUUUAGAAGGAAGUUUAGAUGAAUUUUUAGAUACAAGAUCUGCGUCUGCACCUUUACCGUCACCAGAAAACGAGGAAGUCUCAGAUGGAGACUCUGAGAUUAUUUCUUCUGAAGAAGAAUCAAGACAACAUCAUAAGAAGUCAGGACAUCAAGACGAGUUUUUAAAGCCUAUUUACCAUGAAAAAUUUUAUCCAAAUCACCAGGCGGAACAAAGUCUCCAGAGAUUUUAUAUUAGUGAAGAAGAUUUAGUAAUAGGUAUUGCUGGUUACAAGAACUCACGUUUAGGAAUUCUGUUGUAUCGUUUAACAUGUGUAUUUACUUUAGGAUUGUUUUACUUAUUAAUGCUGUGGCUACCUUCCAAGAAAGUUAAAAUUUGUGGUGAAAGAUGCCCCCUUGGGAAAGCUGAGUGGGUUGUUAUCGAAAAUGAAUUUGGGGAAAUACAAGUUGAACCAGUUCAAAGACGAUGGUAUAACAGACCGCUAAGCACCAUUCUCCAUAAUGAAGGUAACGCUGUUGACAACUUAGAUACUGAACUAUACCAUCAUCACGCCAGCGAAAAAAAUCCAAAUAUUCCUGUUUUGAUAUAUUUUCAUUACAGGUAUAUCAAGUUUAUAUAUUCGCCAAUAGAAGACAUUUUUAGAACAAAUAAUAAUUGGGCUGAUCCAGAUUGGAUCGAUUUAAAGACUGUCUAUGCAGGAUUACCAACUGCAAUUCAGGAAGACAGAUUCUUGGCGUUCGAUAAAAAUCAAAUUGAUUUAAAAACAAAAAGUAUUAUGGAUUUGUUAUGGGAUGAGGUCCUGCAUCCAUUUUAUAUCUUUCAAAUUUUCUCAAUUAUCCUAUGGAGUUUAGAUGAGUAUUACUACUAUGCCGCAUGCAUAUUUAUAAUUUCUGUGAUGUCCAUUGUAGAUACACUUAUUCAAACUAGAAAAACCUCCAAGAAUUUGGCAGAAAUGUCUCAUUUUGACUGUGAGGUUCGUGUCUUUAGAGAGGGGUUUUGGAUUACUAUUAGUUCAAGAGAUUUGGUUCCCGGAGAUGUAUAUGAAGUGUCCGAUCCACAGUUAACCGUCUUCCCUGCAGAUUCGAUACUUUUGUCUGGUGAUUGUAUCGUAAAUGAAUCAAUGUUAACAGGUGAGUCUGUUCCUGUUACAAAACUUGCAUCCAAUGAAAUGACCAUGGGCCAAUUAAUUCAAGAUUUCCAAGAUACACAGAUAUCGAGCUUUGUCUCAAAAUCUUUUUUAUUUUGUGGUACUAUCAUUAUUAGAUGUAAGAUUUCAAAGGGUCAGACGUCGGCCUUGGCAAUGGUUGUACGUACAGGAUUUUCUACGACGAAAGGUUCCUUGGUUCGUUCUAUGGUUUUCCCGAAACCUGUAGGAUUUAAGUUUUACAGGGAUUCAUUUAAAUAUAUUGGUGUUAUGACUGUUGUUGCUAUGUUAGGUUUCUUCAUCAGUUGGCUACAAUUCAUGAAACUUGGUUUGGACAAGAGAACUAUGAUCUUACGUGCUUUGGAUAUCAUUACUAUUGUUGUGCCACCUGCGUUACCUGCAACUUUGACAAUUGGUACAAGUUUUGCUUUGAACAGGCUAAAAAAGAAAGGUAUUUUCUGUAUCUCACCUACUAGAGUUAAUAUUGGUGGUAAAGUGGAUAUCAUGUGUUUCGAUAAAACAGGUACAUUGACUGAAGAUGAUCUGGAUGUUUUAGGGGUUCAGGUUUGUGAACCAAACAGUCGUAAUUCUUAUGCAUUUGGUGAACUAAAAAAUGAUAUACACGUGGUCUUCCCUAAAUUUUCUUUGAAUGACUGUAAUUCUCCUACAGAUAUAAGAAAUAGAAAUUUCUUAAUGUCUAUAUUAACCUGCCAUUCUCUUAGAGUUGUAGAUGGAGAAUUAAUCGGUGAUCCAUUGGAUUUUAAAAUGUUCCAGUUUACCGGUUGGUCUUAUGACGAAGAUUUCCAAAAUCAAGCAUUUCAUUCUGUGUACGAAGAAAGACAUGAAGAUUCCGUAUUUCCUGAAAAUCAAGAUAUUAUACCUGCUGUUGUUCACCCCAAUAGUGAAGACAAAAACAGCAAAUUUAUUGAGAAUGAUCCACAAAACAUUUUAGGUAUUAUUAGAAGUUUUGAAUUUCUUUCUGAAUUGAGACGUCUCAGUGUCAUUGUCAAACCUAGUAGUGAUAAUAUAUAUUAUUCUUUCACGAAAGGUGCCCCAGAAGUCAUUGCUGAUAUCUGUAACAGAAAUACUAUUCCACAAAAUUAUGAACAACAAUUAUACGAUUAUACUCUUGCUGGUUAUAGAGUUAUUGCAUGUGCUGGUAAAGUUUUGCCAAAACAUACGUGGUUAUAUGCAAAAAAAGUCUCAAGGGAGGAAGUGGAGACAAACUUGGAAUUUCUGGGGUUCAUCAUUUUCGAAAAUAGAUUAAAGCAGGCAACACCUAAAACGCUUUCAGUAUUAAACGAUGCCAAGAUUAGGACUGUCAUGUGUACUGGUGAUAAUGUACUAACUGCUAUUUCUGUUGGUAAAGAGUGUGGGUUAAUUAGGGAAAGCAAUGUUUAUCUCCCUUAUCUGAGUGACCAAAAUGAACAGUAUCCUAUUCUUUGGAGAGAGUUGAACGAUCCAGAUAAUAUGUUAGAUCCAGUAACCUUAACACCAAAGGAUAGUGAUGUAUCAAACUAUACUAUGGCUGUGACUGGUGAUAUAUUCCGUGUUAUAUUUUCUAAUGAAGCAAAUUUCUCACAAGUCUACGUUGAUAAUGUUCUCCUCAGAUCUUCAGUGUACGCAAGAAUGUCACCAGAUGAAAAACAUGAAUUGGUUGAGCAACUACAAAAACUUGACUAUACAGUUGGAUUUUGUGGGGAUGGUGCAAAUGAUUGUGGUGCUCUUAAAGCGGCUGAUGUUGGGAUAUCGUUAUCUGAAGCAGAAGCAUCAGUUGCGGCCCCGUUCACUUCUAAGAUAUUCGAUAUUAGUUGUGUUAUUGAUGUAAUGAAAGAAGGGCGUGCUUCAUUAGUUACUUCAUUCUCCUGUUUUCAAUAUAUGAGUUUGUACUCUGCCAUUCAGUUUGUUACCAUUUCAAUUUUAUACAGUAGGGGUUCUAAUCUUGGUGAUUUCCAAUUUUUAUAUAUUGAUUUAUUUCUGAUUAUCCCAAUUGCUAUAUUUAUGUCAUGGUCAAAACCUUAUGAUAAACUAGCCAAAAAAAGGCCAUCUGCAAAUCUGGUAUCAUUGAAGAUUUUGAUCCCACUCUUUAUUAGUUUUGUUAUUAUACUAAUAUUCCAAAUCGUUCCUUGGAAGAUGGUUCAAGGGAAAGAAUGGUAUAUUAAACCUAUUGUAGGUGGAGAUGAUGCUGUGCAAUCUUCCGAUAAUACUAUUCUAUUUUUUAUAUCCAAUUAUCAGUAUAUUUUGGUUGCUAUCGUUCUAUCAGUUGGGCCUCCGUAUAGAGAACCGAUGUUGAAGAAUAAAGGAUUUAUAUUGGAUAUUAUAGCGUCUAUUUUUGCUAGUAUUGUAGUAAUGUAUAUCCCUGUGUCAUCAUGGGCCGGAGCAUUAUUCCAACUUACUGAUGUUUCGAAUAGUAUGAAGCUAUUUAUUCUCAUCUGGGCAUUUUUCAAUUAUUAUGUGCAAUUAAUUAUUCCACCUUUAGUAAAACCAUACUUUAAAAAGAGGAAAAGUAGUAAAAAAUACAAGAACAUUAUAAGAGAAGAGUUAGAUGGUUAUGUGGUGUAA